AUGUAUAAUACACAAAAUAUUUCUAAAAAAACAACAUGGACAGGUCGAACAACAGUCGAAUUAGAACAUCAUCACAAAAUAAUUAAUUUACGUUCGAAUCGAAAUGAAGAUUUAUCAAAUAUAAAAAAUCGAAGAAAAUCUGAAUAUCAAAUUGAUUCUCGUAUUAUAAUUAAUGUUAGUGGAUUACGUUUUGAAACAUUAAAAACAACACUUGAACGUUAUCCUCAAACAUUACUUGGAAAUAUUCGUCGUCGUUCAUUAUUUUAUGAUAAAAAACAGGAUGAAUAUUUCUUUGAUCGACAUCGUACUUGUUUUGAAUCUAUACUUUAUUAUUAUCAAUCACAUGGACGUCUUCGUCGACCAGAAUAUGUUCCACUUGAUACAUUCUUAGAAGAAAUAACAUUUUUUGAGCUAGGCUCUGAUGCUCUUAAACAAGUUCAACAAGCAGAAAAUUUAGAAGAAGCACAAAUAAUUCAUCUUCCAAAAAAUCCUAUUUGUCGUUUUAUAUGGAGUACAUUAGAAUAUCCACAAUAUUCAAUAUUAGCAAAAAUUAUUAAUAUUAUUUCAUUAUUUUUUAUUCUUUUAUCAGCUGUAGGUUUAGCUGUUGAAACAUUACCUAAAUAUCAUCGAGCUACAAAUGAUCAAUGUCAAAAUGAAGC